UCGGUGACGCUUGUGCCUACCCAGAAUCCAUUGCAGCAUCAUGGCGGACAACCGGGAGAAAGCGCUACAAGAUUACCGUAAAAAAUUGCUGGAACACAAAGAAGUUGACGGACGGUUAAAAGAACUGAGAGAACAGUUGCGAGAACAAACCAAACAGUAUGAAAAGUCAGAGAAUGACCUCAAAGCUCUGCAGAGUGUUGGUCAGAUUGUCGGAGAAGUCCUCAAACAGCUGACGGAAGAAAAAUUCAUUGUCAAGGCAACAAAUGGUCCUCGUUAUGUGGUUGGAUGCCGCAGACAGUUGGACAAGUCACAGUUGAAACCAGGCACCAGAGUGGCUUUAGAUAUGACUACGCUGACUAUAAUGAGGUACCUGCCUCGGGAGGUGGACCCUCUGGUGUACAAUAUGUCCCACGAAGACCCCGGCAGCGUCUCCUACUCUGAAAUUGGUGGAUUGUCAGAACAGAUCCGAGAGCUGAGAGAGGUGAUUGAGCUUCCCCUGACCAACCCCGAGCUUUUCCAACGAGUCGGAAUCAUCCCCCCAAAAGGCUGCCUGCUCUACGGCCCACCAGGUACUGGGAAGACUCUUUUAGCCAGGGCGGUUGCAAGUCAACUGGACUGUAACUUCCUCAAGGUGGUGUCCAGCUCCAUCGUUGACAAAUACAUCGGUGAGAGCGCCAGGCUCAUCAGAGAGAUGUUCAACUAUGCCCGGGAUCAUCAGCCUUGCAUUAUCUUCAUGGAUGAGAUUGAUGCCAUCGGUGGUCGACGUUUCUCUGAGGGAACCUCUGCUGACAGAGAGAUCCAGAGGACUUUGAUGGAGCUGCUGAACCAGAUGGACGGAUUUGACACGCUGCACAGGGUCAAGAUGAUCAUGGCAACCAACAGACCAGACACUCUGGACCCCGCCCUGCUACGACCCGGCCGACUUGACCGCAAAAUCCACAUCGAGCUGCCCAACGAACAGGCUCGUCUGGACAUCCUCAAAAUCCACUCCAGUCCCAUCACCAAACAUGGAGAAAUAGAUUUUGAAGCCAUUGUUAAGCUGUCCGAUGGUUUCAACGGAGCCGAUUUAAGAAACGUUUGCACAGAAGCAGGUUUGUUUGCCAUCCGCUCCGACAGAGAGUACGUCACCCAAGAGGACUUCAUGAAAGCCGUGCGUAAAGUGGCCGAUUCAAAGAAGCUGGAGUCCAAGCUGGAUUACAAGCCUGUAUAGAUCUUUUUUUUUUUUUUUUCGUUAUCACAACUUCAUGGAUAUGCUGUUGUAUACAUAUGGCCCCGAAGAAAAAAAUGUAUUCUUUAUGUUUGUUGGAGCAGCAUUCGCAUAAAGUAUAUUGUCAUCUACCAAAAGUGACUUCUAUGCUGUCUUUUAGUGUCCACUAUCAUAAAAUCUGAUCACUUCUGGUGUCCCACGCAACACUUGUAUAAAAAACAAAAAGUAACUUUAUAUGGCAAUAAACCGUUCUGUUGAAAUCUC